CAAACUCCUGCAGCAGGCUCACCUUCAACCUGUUCUGUCUACCUGUACCUGCACUGCCGCUUCUCCUAACUCAACUCACACGAUGUCAGACAGAGGAGCCUUCGAUACCAAUGUAAUCACGUUGACCAGGUUCGUCCUCGAGGAAGGACGCAAGGCCAAAGGGACCGGAGAGCUGACGACUCUCCUCAACUCCAUGUGCACAGCCAUCAAAGCCAUUUCCUCUGCAGUCAGGAAAGCGGGAAUCGCAAACCUGUAUGGGAUUGCAGGAAGCACAAAUGUAACAGGAGACCAGGUGAAGAAGCUGGAUAUCUUGUCCAACGAUCUGGUCAUUAACAUGAUUAAGUCAUCCUUCACUUCCUGUGUGCUGGUCAGUGAGGAAGAUGACAAAGCGAUCAUCAUUGAGCCAGAACAGAGAGGUAAAUAUGUGGUUUGCUUCGAUCCUCUGGACGGCUCAUCCAACAUUGACUGUCUGGCUUCCAUCGGAACAAUUUUUGCCAUCUACAAAAAGGACAGCGACAGUGAACCGUCUGAGAAGGAUGCUCUGCUGCCAGGUAGAAAGAUUGUUGCAGCGGGUUACGCCCUCUAUGGAAGUGCCACCAUGCUGGUUCUGUCUACAGGUCAAGGAGUCAACUGCUUCAUGCUGGACCCUGCCAUAGGGGAGUUUAUUUUGGUGGACCGCGACGUAAAGAUUAAGAAGAAAGGAAAAAUCUACAGUCUAAACGAGGGAUACGCUCAGUAUUUUUACCCAGAUGUCACAGCAUAUCUACAAAAGAAGAAAUUCCCAGAGGAUGGCAGUGCGCCGUACGGAGGACGCUACGUGGGCUCCAUGGUGGCCGAUGUGCACCGGACCCUGGUCUACGGAGGAAUCUUCCUGUAUCCUGCAAAUGUUAAGAGUCCAAAGGGCAAGCUGAGGCUGCUUUAUGAGUGCAACCCCAUGGCCUUCAUCAUGGAGCAGGCUGGAGGAAUGGCCACAACAGGACCCAUAAACGUGCUGGACAUCCAGCCUGAGACCAUUCACCAGAGAGCUCCUAUUGUUCUGGGUUCCCCUGAUGAUGUCAAGGAGUACAUCGCCAUUUACCAGAAACAUGCCAAGUGAUCCAUGAUCGACAACCAGCCACUAAACACUAAACCAAAACCCCCUGCAGUAUUUACACCAUGCGAUGUCUGAUAUGUGUGUAAAAGCAUUUUUUGUAAAAUAAGGAAAUAAUGAUAAAUAAACAUUCAAAUAAU